AUGAGAAUUCUAUGCCUGCAUGGCGUUGGCAGCAAUGGGAGCAUCUGUGAAUCACAAUUACAGCCUUUUAUUCGGGCCUCCGACCCAAGCUACGAAUUCAUUUUCGUCGAUGGACCAGAGCCGUGUGAGCGUGGACCAGGUACAGUGAAAACAGACCAAAAUGACCCUCAAAGAAUGGCUGCUUAUCAUGAUGGUCCAUUCUAUUCUCACACACGAGCAUAUGAUCCCCAGAGCAUGCAAGCAGCUAUAGAGCACCUGGAAGAAGUGAUUGACGAAAUGGGGCCGUUCAAUGGAGUUCUGGGGUUCAGCCAGGGUGCCGCCCUCACCAUCUCCUUCCUCCAUCAACAAGCCAGCAAGCCCUUGCCGUUCAAGUUCGCCCUCUGUUUUUCGUCCGUCAUUCCAUGCUCUGCCGACGCCGCCGUUUGUGACAACUUGAUAGAUCGCAUAUGCCCGCUAGACGGCAGUGAUGCAGCAUCAGAGGAACAAAAGUUAUUCUCGGAGCUUCUCGAACAAACUGUGAUUCCGGCCCAACAACACAACUCAAUGCUUCCUGAUUAUGAUAUUUCGAUUUACCGGGGCGACCAGGGACUCCUACAAGCACCAAGGUUGAUGCCUCCUAGCCUUACCAAGGAAAAGAUCCGAAUCCCGACUGUGCAUAUGACAGGAAAAAGAGACGCUUCAUUCAUGAGGAGCAUGUCCAAGGCUGCUCUUGGCCUCUGCGAGAAGGGUUCCUUCAAGGUACUGGAGCAUUCUGGUGGUCACGAGCUCCCAAAGUCCCCGGCAGACGUCAAGGCGGCCGUCCGAGCAAUGGAGUGGGCGAUUGGUCGCAUGGCACAUCUCUAA